UAUAAACUGAUCGUAGAUAGUGGCCCAGAAAAUAAUCGUUAAUUGAACACUAAAAUGAAAGCCAUCACCGUUUGCCUUCUGGUUCUGGUUUCGGCCACCUGUCUGCUGACUACUCGGGCCAAUGCCAUAGAUUUACUGGACGAAAACCUGGACUAUGAACUGGACUUUGAAUCGGAAUUGGAGCAGCUGCUGGAUGCACUGGACAAUGACACCGACUACAUGGAUGUGGAGGCACAGGGCUUUAUUACAACCUGCCGCAAAAUCCUUCGCAAGGCUUUGAAAACGGUGCGCGGAACCAACUGCAUCAUCAAGGAAGUGACUAACAUCCUGAGUGCCUGCACCAGCUAUGUGGAUGCCAUCGAUGACUGUGGCACUGCCAUUCCCAAGGAUGUGGCCAAGAUCGUGGACUCCGUUAAGCAGAUCAUCAAAAUCAGCGACGAUAUUCUGCACCUGCAUUCGAAACUUUGUGCCACGGAUGAAACCGGUGGCUCGUUCAUCAAAAACUCGUCGAAAUGCUUCUGGAAAUUGUUCAAGGCAUCGAUGAAGCUGACUCGUAAGAUUAAUAAGACCCUGAAACUGAUUGCCAAGUUGCCAGCUGAUACCAGUUCCUGCUUCGUAAAUGCCACCAAUAAGGUCACGGCUUCCUUUAACUCUUUUCUGCCCAACAUCGAUGUUUGCAUUGAGUCUAUGUAAAUUUUUUAUAAUUGCUAACUAAAAGAAGUGUUAUAAUAAACAAAAAAUCUGAAAGUUCGUGAUUUAAUUCUA